UCCCCCCCCCCGCCUGCCGGGUUCGUUUCCGGCUCGGCCCGGGGGCCCCGUUCGUGGCGCCGCCGCCGCCGCGGGGAGCGCGGGGCCCAUGGAGCCGCGGCUGUGAGGUGCCCCCAGCCCGGGCCCGCUGCGGGGGGAGCCGGGCGGAGGCAGCCGGGCGGAGGCGGGAUCCGCCGGAGAUGGACAAACUGACCAUCAUCUCAGGAUGCCUCUUCCUGGCCGCCGACAUCUUCGCCAUCGCCAGCCUGGCCAACCCCGACUGGAUCAACACCGGGGAGUCCGCGGGUGCUCUCACAGUUGGCCUUGUGCGACAGUGUCAAACCAUCCAUGGACGUGACAGGACCUGUAUUCCUCCACGGCUGCCUCCUGAGUGGGUCACUACGUUAUUUUUCAUCAUUAUGGGAAUCAUUUCACUAACUGUCACAUGUGGUUUGCUGGUGGCUUCCCACUGGCGAAGAGAAGCUACUAAAUAUGCCCGCUGGAUAGCUUUCACUGGAAUGAUUCUAUUCUGUAUGGCAGCCCUAAUAUUUCCAAUUGGAUUUUACAUCAAUGAAGUUGGAGGUCAACCAUAUAAAUUACCCAAUAAUACAGUGGUUGGGUCUUCGUAUGUACUGUUUGUCUUAUCCAUUUUCUUUACAAUAGUUGGACUUCUAUUUGCUGGCAAAGUUUGUUUACCUGGCUGAUGGAUGUCUGGACUGUGGGACUUUAUUUUGGAAAAGAGACACAGAACUGCAUUCUUGGAAGGAUGCCUAGAUAUGACUAUUAAACACUUACUGAAAAAGGAAUGUUUUGACUUAUUCUCACUAUGCACUUUGGAUUGAAAAAAGGAGAGCCUUUCCCAUAACCAAAUACAGACAACGUUGACUAAUCUCCUGAGCAUAUUUAAUGCAGUCAGGUCUGCACUGUGAUAGGAACUAGUGAAGAAUGCUUUACACUGAGAAGCAUAAUGCCCCGUCUUACUGUACUGUUCCCAUUUUUAACGUCUAAUGAUUCGGAAGUCAAAGUAUUUAUGAACUUUGUUGUAGACCAGAGGGUUGCAGAGGAAUUCAAGUGAGGCUGGCCUCACUGAUUAGGAGAUUAGUAUUUUACAUCCUUCUUCUAAUGCGCAAAGCAUUUGGCACCAGUAUGGAUCGAUCUUGCAUCACUGCACCAAGAAGCCAAUAGAUCAAUUGUUCUCCAAAACAUAUGUAACAGCAAGAAGAUGUACAUCCCCUCCUCCCCCAUAAGCUCUAGAAAAACACUAAGGAACAUUUCAGAGGGGGAUUUCUUCCUUAUAUUUAUAUAAAUAUAUAUAUAAAUAUAUAUAUAUUUUGCUGAUGCAGUAUACAGUGUGUGUGUGUAUGUGUGGGUGUGUAUAUACAUAUAUAUAUGUAUAUAUACACAAAUGGUUCCUGGAAAAGAACUCAGAACGCUUUGCUAGCAAAACACUGUGGUGUGCAAAACUAGAACUCAAUAGAAAAAAAAGCCAUUUCUCUGAAGGCCACAUAGCUGAGAGUCUUCAGUUUACCUCAUUCUUUGUAGCAGCCCUUGAUUUUAACAGUUUUUGUAAUAGGUACAAACGAUCCCAUGCCUUUCUAGGUGCAAUUUUAAGUUAAGCUAAAAUUCUUUUUAUGGUAAUUUAUUUGUAUAUGAGGGUAGAAGGUGAGAUCAUGUCAUACCUUAAAGUUAAAAUCCUAAUUUGGGGAAACUGACGCUAUUUAAAUUAUUAGCAACUGUUGUAUAGAAAGUCUCUUUUUCUACUACAUUGUUAUUAUUGAUAUUCAUAUGAGUUCAAGCACUGCAGUUUACAGCAGAGAUAAGCAUUUCUCUAGCACAUAUAAAAUGCAAUGUUUAAAGUAAUGCAAAUGCUAUUUCACUGCAAAGAUGGAUGAACUUAUUCACCUUUACUAAAAAAAGCAGUAUAAUUGUUCAAAUGGUAUAUGCCUUGUUCACUGAAGUUAUUACAAAUGUGGAUUUAAGGACCAUCCAAAUCUGAAGUAUUCCUCAUGAAAAGCAGUUUUACUUUCCAGCACGGCUCCAUAGGUAUUGUCAUAAUUUACUAUUCAAUCUAAACUUGCAGAAAGUAAAAUUUUUCUUAGUGUCCCAGGAAAGCUGCCUGCACUAUCUAUAUUCACUUUCCAGUUAGACCAAGGUUUUAUCUGAGGUCCAUUGUGACAGCAAACAAAAAAUUGUACAUUUCAAGUUCUGUUUUGUGGUGCUUAUUUGAAAUGCAUUACUAGGCACUUUUAAAAAUGUUAUUGAAAUAAUCAGAAGCUUCCAAAAUAAUCACUUAUCUUCAGACAAUUAAGCUGAUAAGACAGUUUACACAAUUCUUUGAAACUCUGUGCCAUUCAAAUCCUACAGGAUUCUGGUCCUCUUACUUCUCCCUGAUUCUGCUGAAUUAAACAGUUCAUAGUUCACAUUUUGAUGGUUUUGAACAAAUUUGCUACUGUAACAUUUUUUAAGUGACUCUUUUUUCCAAUUAGUUCACUCACAGAUAGAAGGAAGUGUUCAUAGAAUGCUUUUUUCUCAACUACUCUAAUCUGUAAGUACAGCCAGACACCUACUUAGAACUGAUGCUUUACAGAUAAUUUGGUUCCUUAAGCCUACAUCUGCACAGAUAUUCCAAUUCCCUCUAGCAGUGUUGUGGAAGACAGAUAAAAUGCCAGGUUAAGCUGCUGGAUGUGUCUAAAUUUUCAGCGUUAUUGGUGGUGUACCGGAAGCUGAACUAUUGACUAAAACUUAGAAAUUUUGAUGCAGAAAAGCUCUUCUGUUUUCAGGAAUGUCACUCUUGUAAAUAGUUCUAGGAGGUUUUUUAACUGCAACAUGAGUGAAGGGGGCAGGUUUCUCGACUGCUAAGAUUCUUCUUCCUCACCUAUUUUGGAUAUAGUAACAUCAUGUAUACAGUUGAUUUAGGCUUUGAUUAAAUGGAUCCUCAUGCAAUAAAAAACAUAUGAACACUUACCUUGGAGCAUAGCCAGUCUGUGGUUGGCUGGCUGGAAAUUUUUCUGAUCUGCCAAUGCUAUUGCUAUGAAUUAUUAAAUAGUGGAGAUUUAACUAGCUGGCUGUUUGAUUAAAUAUUUGAGCAUUUCAAGUCCAGAAAUAGAUACAGCCAUCUGCAUUGUAAAAA